UGUGUAUGUAUUUAGUAUGCAGUAUUACAUGCUGCUGUCCUCCCACACCCCUGCGUGCGAGAUCCAGAGAGACAAGCUGGCCAGUCAUAAUACAGACACCAACCAGUCGCAUUACACGGCUAUACCACGAAGACAACACACAGAGGAUCAUUGCCACUCCAUCAGUCAACAUCUGGCUGAGAAGAAAGGAUACUGAGGAGAAGAAGGGAAUCCAAACAACUCACAGUCCCUGAACAUCUCACUGAAUGAUUGAGAAUAUACGGUGGGAUGAUGUUCAUUUUUCUGAGCACUCAACUCUCAGCAACCCCCUGAGACGACUAAAGGCAGUAAAAACCUCUGGACUCAGGAUUUUGUUUGCGCAUUUCUGUUGUGUUUUUAGGUGUCGUCACUGAUCAUGGCAUCAACAGGUCUCCAGCUAAUGGGAUUGAUUUUGGCUGUGCUGGGUUGGGUGUGCGGUGCGUUGGUGUGCGCGGCUCCAUUGUGGCGUGUGUCUGCCUUCGUAGGCGGCGAGCUCGUCAUUGCCCAGGUGUUGUGGGAGGGACUGUGGAUGAACUGCCUGUCUCAGACUACAGGCCAGAUCCAGUGCAAGACCCACGACUCCACCCUGGCCCUGCCCAUGUCUGCCCAGGCCGCCCGGGGCCUCACGGUCCUCUCCCUGCUCCUCUGCCUUCUGGCCCUCAUACUAGGGGUGGCAGGGGCCAAGUGUACUCGGUACGGUACGCAGGCCUCCAAGGCUCGGCUGGCUGGGAUAGCAGGGGUGCUCUUCCUUGUGGCUGGCCUUGCCUACCUGAUACCCAUCUGCUGGACAGCCUAUGCGAUCAUCAGGGACUUCUAUGAUCCAAAUGUUGCAGCGCCCUUUAAGAGAGAGCUGGGGCCGGCGCUGUACCUGGGCUGGGGGGCCUGUCUCCUGCUCGUGGUGGGGGGCUCCCUGCUGCAUGUUGGCUCUUCUCCACCAGGAGGAAGAGUGCUGCCUGUUUUUGGAGGAGCAACCAAAGACAACCCACAGACAGGGCCGGCAGGAGAGGUGAAGCAACAGGAAAAAUCUUUUGUGUGAGAUGAUUUUAUAGGACAUGUGAGAAACAAACUCAGCGGUCACAACCUCAUCAGACCCAUCAAACUGCAACAACAACAAUUUAUAAGAGGAUUUUCAGCCUGCAUUCUGCUUUGUAUCUGUUCUCUGAUGCAGCUGAGUUUGUUUCUUGAAGCUAUAAGUGUAUCUCAUUACACUUUUCACAUGACAAACUACAUAACAAUGGGUUUGUAAGGGAAUAUACAUUAAUGUCAAGUCUCUGUGGCCGUGUGGGAGGAUUUUUGAUGUUUGAAUAAUUGCUUGUGUGUGGCUUACAUUUCUCAAAUUCCACCCUGCCUCAGCUUCUGUUUGUGUGUGUGUGUGUGUGGGGGGGGGGGGGCUUCUGUGUACAGAAGGCCAGUGUACAUAGUACUUCUGUGUAUGCUGAUGUUUUCACUGAAAAUGAGUGGGCAGUCAGAAUGACGCUUGUUCAUUUAUUCUUUAUGCACAAUGUUAGGGGUUUCCAGGCAACUUUACUCUUCGUGCGUUAUUGUUUUUCUUUCUCAUUUACUUCUUUAUUUAUGUUAACAUGUAUUGAUUCUUUUUUAUGUAGUUUUUUGUUUGUGGCUGUUUUGAUACCAUAACCAUAUACCAGAUACCAUUUUAUAGAAGUAUUAUCACAUAUCACUGGGUUAUACUCAGGGGUUAGAAUUACAGAGUCUAGAGAUAUAAAAUUUACAACAACAACAACAACAACAAUAACAUUAUGUUUCAUCUAGCUUUUGCUUCCCAACAGUUUACUUAAUGACAUUAUAUAGUAAACAUUUAACAACAAUUUAGUGGCAUUGCAUUUAACACUUUUACUUUUUUGCCUAUGACAUGUCGUGUAUGUAUAAUCACUUACGCACAAUAAAUAUAUACAUUUGCUUUCCCCUAGAAAUGGUUUUCUUUUAAACCACAGAUAAGAAGCUCUUGUGAUUGCACAUGAGUAUGCACGUGCAGAGUAGAUCUUCCCUGCAGAUGUAGGCUUCAUCCCCAGUAACUGGGGUCAGUGACCAGCGACUGUGAAACUCUAGAGAAGUCCCCACUUUCUGAUG